CGGCUGCCCGCCGGGCUGUCGCAGUGGUUCCCGGCGCUGGAGGUGUUGGACGUGAGCGGGACGGGGUUGGCGGAGCUGGGCGCGGAGCUGCUGGCCCUGCCGCGCCUCCACACGCUCCUGGCUAAGAACAACCGGCUGGGCGGGCCCGGUUCGCUGCCCAAGGGGCUGGGGCAGGCCCCGGUCGGCCGCUCCCUCCGCGUCCUCAACCUCAGCGGGAACCGCUUCGCCGAGGUGCCGCCCGCCCUGCUGGGGUUGCGGGGGCUGCAGAGCCUCAGCCUCGGCGGCAACCGCCUCCACGGCAUCCCGCCCGACAUCCAGGAGCUCCGCAGUUUAGAGUUUCUGUACCUGGGAGGGAAUUUCAUUACUUCCAUUCCACCUGAAUUAGCAAAGCUGCCUUCUCUAAGCUAUCUAGUUCUGUGUGACAACAAGAUCCAGAGCAUUCCACCUCAGCUGGCACAGCUGCAUUCCCUGCGCUCCCUCAGCCUGCACAAUAACCUGCUGACUUACCUUCCUCGAGAGAUCCUCAACCUGGUUCACCUGGAAGAGUUGAGCUUGCGGGGGAACCCGCUGGUGGUUCGGUUUGUCCGUGACCUGACCUACAAUCCCCCAAGCCUCCAGGAACUGGCUGGACGCACAGUCAAAACUCGCAAUGUUCCCUACGCUCCCAGUGACCUCCCGGAGAACCUCGUCCGCUACCUGAGCUUGGCCAGCAACUGCCCCAAUCCUAAAUGUGGGGGUGUCUACUUUGACAGCUGCGUCAGACAGAUCAAGUUCGUUGACUUCUGCGGGAAGUACCGCAUCCCGCUGAUGCACUACCUGUGCUCCCCGGAGUGCUCCUCUCCCUGCAGCUCUGCCUCCCAGAGCUCUACUUCCCAGAGCGAGUCUGACUCCGAGGACGAAGCCAGCGUCGCCGCGCGCAGGAUGCAGAAAGUCCUUCUGGGCUAAACGAGGAGCAGGAGGGGAAGACUGGAAGGAAAACGUGUUUGGAAAGCAAUAACGGAAUAGCGAAGCGUGAGCCUCUGGCCUGAAGGGCUCACCAAAAAAAACCUGUCCUUAAGUCCACGUAAAGGGGCAGAGCAUCUUAGCAAGCCUAGACUUGCUUGGUGCAGCGCUGCUUAGGAGAACUAACUCAGUGGCAUAUGCCUGUAGGGUGCCUGGGGUUGUUAGAAACGUCUGCUGUCUGGGAGACACCCCCUCUCCCUCCUCUGGGCUGGGGAGGGGGAUUUUUUUUCUCACUGGCUGAUUGAGAAGGGUUUUAAUAUAUGACGCUUCACUGGUCUUCAGUCGUCCUGCAGAGCAAAGGAAACUGUCCAGAUUUUUUUAACACUGUGGUAAAUCAGAAACAGGCUAAUGAUGCCAUGUGAGUAUGUAUGGACCCCAAUGUUUUAUAUAGUGUUUUGAUUCUUUGCUGUCUCCUCUGAUUUCAGUUACAGGUUUUACACUCAUCCUACACUAAAAAUGGGAGUUCGAUUAUUAUUUUUUUUUGUUCAGGAGUAGAUUUUUCCAAAUUCUGUUUACUCUUCCUUUGCCUAGAGGCGUAGGGUCUCUGUGCUGUUACAGAUGUUACAGCCAUCAUAGAACUGAGCCACCUUUUUUCUCCCUUGUUAUACCAAGCUGCUUUUAGUGUUUCCUCCUAACUGUAUUCAUCAUUUUUCCUCCUUCUGCCUCUUCCCAUUACACCUGGAGCGUUGCUGUCUUUAUGGUGCCUUCAGACGAGUUAUUCUAUUGAGACCUGGUGUUACUUCAGAUUUGUGGCUGUACGUGCCUGUGCAAGGGACCAGAUGCGAUGCUCUGUGGCAUUUUUAGUCUCAGCUUACUGGAACAAAUCUGAUUUUAUAUCUGUGAAUUGCAGGAAAGGUCCUGAUUGACACUUCUUGUUUUUAAACAGCCAUGUCCCCCCGCUACAGCUAGCUCUGCUAUCUUGGUACAGAGUUAUUUUCUGUAAGAUCACCUGCUUAGAGUAGGCAGCAGCUUAAUGAAUUGGAAAUACUGAGAAAAGUGCUGUGGAGAAUGGUGGGGUUUUUUUCUUAUUCAUCACAUGAGAGGAAGAGCUAGUGGGGAGGGUCAGGUGUGUUUUCUGAGCAUCUUGCAUGAGGUGGUUUUGGAACCUCUUCCUUAUUUAUUUGUUUGCAUUUGCUCUUGUCAGGAUAGCUUUGGCAGUCUGUUGGAUUGCUCAAAUAACACAUUCAGUUAUCUCUAAACUAUUUGUAAAGGAAAGCUGCAGAAAAUAGCUCAGAAUUUUUAAGUAUCAAGAAAUACCUGUCAAUUCAGAGUGUUAAUUUUUCAGCUAUCUAUAAGUCUACUUUAUGGGGCUGUUGUGUGUUUUGCUUAGUGAGAGCUACCCCUUUAUUAAUAUUUUUUGUGGCUGACAGUUGUUUUGAUGCAGUUUCAGAUAGAGCAAAUCCAACUGUGCCUUUGAAUGCAUGAGCAGAGAAAAUACAUUGUGUUAAGAAGCUAAAUGAGCAAUAAAAGCCUUUUUUUUUAACCCACUUUGGCCCUAUGGGGGAAAUUAAAAACCUUUGCUCCUCUCCUGCAUUCAGAAAACACAUGUACCUAUUUGAAUAUCUUAUGGCAGCUCUCUGGUAAUGGUCCUGGUUAAUUAUAUUUGACACUUUAUAUAUUAAAGCACUUUGAUAAUUCUA